AUGAAGAUCCUGUUUUCGAGGGCGCAGACGGUGCAUCUCCUCGGUGGUUGUUGUGAGAUGCGUUGGUUGACUAGUUAUUCUCCUGAUGGAGAGGAGGAAGAGGAGGAGGAGGAUGAUGAUGAUGAUGAUGAUGAUGAGGAUGAGGACGAUGGGAUGGAGCAAGUCGAAGUGAUUUGGGCCAUGCAGGAUCAGAUCAUUUUGUCCCCUUCAUCCUCCGCUGCUGCCGCUGCGACUGCUGGGUUUGGGUUUGGCAUUUGGGAGGACUACGAAUGUCUACGGUAUUCGACAAAUCACCAAUCUCUGAAGGCAUAUAUCCUAUCUCCAGACGAGUCAACUGCUCAAUUUCUAUCAACACUGCAGGGGUAUGAUGACAACUUGCAGUAG